AUUAAGUUUAGAUAACUAAUUUUAAGCCUUGCUAUCGGCCAUUUCGGCGGCCAUUUCGGCGACCAUCGAGGCGAAAAUCGUUUUCCUCGGUUUUCUCGAAUUUAAAGCGCUUCGAGCUCUAAAAAACUAUAUCACGUUUUAUAUCUACCUAAGGGCUAUUUGUGGACGAAAAGAGAGAAAAAUCGAUUUUUCGACUUCUGCCGUGCUAUGUUUGCUAAUUAGAAAAAUUUACUCGUAAAAACUUUUUUCUUUGGUCAGGAGGUGUAAAUAAUGGGAUAACCAAAUUAAUUAUGGCAUUUUAAUUUUUAACAUGGAUUAAUUAUGUACACUGGCAGGCCCACUUCUUUGUACCAUACAUUUUCCUGUUUCUGUCUUCCUUCAGUUUCACAGGAAGUUUCUACCAGGGUUUCCAUCUUUAUUGAAUUUUUAACUGGUUUGUCGCCAUAAAUACAGUACAUUGCACUCUCUCAAUCCUUUCUGUUCAGACGAGAAUAUGGGAGCUUCCAGAUGGUUGUCUGUUGUAAUGUCUCCAUUUUGCAUUUGACACUACUAGUUAAUAAUCUACUGAUUUUUUGACAUCCAUAGAUUUGAAUUAGGCAGAAGUUUGGUCCGCAACCAGUGCUUGAUAAGAACACAUUACUUUGCCCUGCAUUGAGCCCAGACCUUCUCAAAAUCAUAUUCUGGGAUAUCCAAAAGAUAUUUGUCCAAAAGGAAGUCUAUUGAUUCCUGAGUUCCCUUAAAAAUGAAAACACUGUUUCGUUGACUCCCUUACUUUUUGUGGCUAACAGCCUUGAAGAGGUGUAACUGCUAAUGUCAUAAUCUUUGUAAGUAAAUUUGUCCUUUACCCUAAUCUUCAGGUAGUUUUUGUAGCCAAUUGACAAUAUAUGGUUUGCACAUAGGUUACUUGUUGGAUAUGUUGGAAUAUAUUAGGAAAAAAACGGCUUCUUAAACAUCUAAACAACUCGCAUUCGUAAAAGCGCUCGAGACAAGAGUUGGCAACCAUAUGCUAUCAUUUAUAUCCAGGGUGGCCACAUGCAGUCAUUGACUGCCUAUUAACAACUGCAUCCCUAAAUGGAGGUUGGGUACCGGCUGAGACAUCCAGGAGCUUCCACUAUUAGCAGCAAGCUCCUGGAUGGAAACCGCUCCCGUGGUUGACAAAUCCUGGAAACCGAACCAGGAGCUCCCAAAUAUUCAUUAGGUGUGUUUUUCUUGGUUAACAACAUCAUGCGAUAACUAAUCAUGAACGUAAUAACUGGUCAUGAAAAGUAUGUAAAAACUCUGAACUUUGCAUGGCCAUGAUUAAACAAGUUAUGCCUUGAAAAGUGAAGCAUGUUUACAUAAUCUGGACAAUUCCUCGAACAUGUGGCAUACAUAUGUACGUAGUGACAAGAUACAAAUAAGCUGCUCUUCAAGAGCAACAUUUAAAUAUUAAUUUUGUGGUUUAUGGGCUUAUGCACUAGGAGGCUUCAACUUAAAAGGACUUUUUGGGAGAAAGUAGGGUGGGGCUUACCAUAAUCUAAUUACUCCAAUACCAUUAUAUGGCAGAUUAGUGUCACAUACCCUUGUAAUGCCAACAUUAUUACUUUUCUGUGAAAUUAUAUUAGCAAGUAUUCUUCCUGUAGUAUUUACAUAACUUGUUUCUCUUUUAGUUCUCAGUUGAUGUAAUAACUGAAAUAGCAGCAAGUUGUCCCCAGCUGAGUGUUUUGCGGCUAGCAGGCAUGAAAGAAGUAGAUGAUGCACUAUUAACAGCGCUUGCUGAAAACUGUCGCCAUCUUACUCGUGUUAGCAUUAAAGGGUGUGGUUUGGUUUCAGAUGCAGGUGUUUGCGAGUUAGCACGUAUGUGUCCAUUGGAGGAGGUUGUGUUGUCUGGGGUGUCAGGUUUGACAGAUCGUUCUGUGUUUGCACUUGCCAACUGUUGCGCCUCAACUCUUAAAGAAAUAUAUGCAUCAGGAUGUUCCAUGAUCACUCAGGCAGCGAUCAAUUACCUUAAGGAUUGUUCCCUGAAAAGGAUAUAUGUUGAACACCGCACACCAAAUGUUGACCCAGACCAGCUCAUGGCCAAGAAUCUGGACACAGGAGAAUUUUGUAGAGCUGACCUGUUAUUGCCAGGUCCUGUUGUGCAGGACUCGGAAUAGAUCAGGGUCCCAAAGGGUUUUAGGGCUCCAGGGCUCCGGGCCUAAACAGUGGGGCUCUAGGGCUCCAAGCCCAAUUAAGUGGGGCUCCAGGGCUCCAGAGCACCCACUUUAAGUCUCCGGGCUCCACUGCUAACACUGUUGUUUAGUAGACUGCAGUCCUAAUUCUCACCCAAAAUAAUAUUAUGGAACAAAUGGAAUUAAAAAUUCAACGCUUUUCCGCGUUACUUUUGGCGGGAUAAUUAGUCAUAGGGCCAAUCCUGCUGCCGUUUUCCUGUUUCCAGCAGCCUGUCAGUUGUAACAUACAUUUGCGCUUGCCGUCACGUUGCCCUAAACUCUGUCUUUUUCCCCUAUCGUUCAGGUUUCAGGCAGUUUUAAAAUCACGGCCAUUUGAAAAUCCUGCCAUGUGAAAAGGAAGACAAUGAAGUUGAAUUAAGUGCA